AUGAUAAACGGCGAAAGCGGCGGCGACGGCGUCAACGGCGGCGGAGUAGCCAAACCGACGCCCCUGCCGACGUUGCCCAAGUCGUACACGCCGAGCGCAGCGGCCGCGUACCGUUUGGCCAGCAUGGAACGCCUGGCCCAGCGUCAGCGGAUUUUCGAACAGGGCGGACCUCCGCCGCCUUCAUCCACCGCCACCACGGCAGCGUCUGACGAUCACCAGCAGCACCACCAGUCGUCUCCGGCUGGACCGCCGCCACCAGUCACCGCGCCCAAACCUGUGCUCGGCACCAAGUUACAAAGCAAACGAGAGUUAUUCUUCAAGAAUGACGUAUCGGCAAACAGUGGAACUCCGUCUACUGUUCAAUCAAAUGCCAAUUCAACUUCUCCGGUGCCACAUCAGAACUCUGUUACCAGUAUAAAAACCAAUCAAAGUACAAAUUUACCAUCAACUGCUCCAAUGAAUUUACCACGAGUACCCGUUGUUAAACUCGAGUCAUCGAUGGAGCCUACAGAAAAUAAAGAAAAACUUUUAAAAACAGAUCAAUCAGGAACUGGAAAGGUUAAUGAUAGGAAAGUGAAAAAAUUAGAUGGAUAUGUUGGAUUUGCCAAUUUACCCAAUCAAGUAUAUCGCAAAGCUGUAAAGAAAGGCUUUGAAUUUACUCUCAUGGUUGUUGGUAGAUCGGGUCUUGGAAAAUCCACCCUAAUUAACACAAUGUUCUUAGCUGACAUAUAUGGCAAAGAACAUCCGGGUCCCUCUUUACGUGUUGGUAAAACAGUACGAGUUGAAACUAACAGAUGUAUGUUAAAAGAAAAAGGUGUUAAUCUUUCACUUACGGUAGUUGAUACACCAGGGUUUGGUGAUGCUGUUGACAAUUCAGAUUGUUGGCAACCGGUGCUUGAGUAUAUUGAGUCCAGGUAUGAAGAAUACUUAAAUGCUGAAUCCAGAGUUAAUAGAAAAGUACAACAUGAUAGCCGUGUACAUUGUUGCUUAUAUUUUCUGGAGUCAAAUAGUCAUGGAAUGACUCCAUUAGAUGUAGAGUUUAUGCAGAGACUUCAUGACAAAGUGAAUAUAAUUCCCAUUAUUUCCAAAGCAGAUACAAUGACUCCAGAUGAAGUAACAGAGUACAAAAAACAGAUUUUAAAAGAAAUUGCUCAGCAUAAAAUCAAAAUUUACGACUUCCCUGAUUCAGACAAAGAUGAAGAUCGGGAAAAUUUAAAAAAGCUUAAGGCACGUGUACCAUUUGCAGUAGUUGGUUCAACCGAAGUUCAUGAAGUGGAUGGAAAGAAAGUACGUGGUCGAAAGUAUCCUUGGGGUUUAGUUGAAGUGGAAAAUCUUGAUCAUUGUGAUUUUGUUGCCUUAAGAAAUAUGUUAUUGAGAACACAUUUACAAGAUCUAAAAGAAGUGACUAGUAAUGUGCAUUACGAAAACUUCAGAUUUAGAAAAUUGGCUUGCUUCUCAGCCGAUGGUCCUAAAGGAAUGACCAAGAAUCCGUUAGCCCAAAUGGAAGACGAGAAACGCGAUCAUGAUGCCAAACUUAAGAAAAUGGAAACUGAAAUGGAACAAGUGUUUGAGAUGAAAGUCAAAGAAAAAAAACAGAAACUCAAAGAUUCAGAAAUUGCUUUGCAACAAAAGAACGAACAAAUGUUGAAGAGAUUAGAAUCUGAAGCUAGUGAAUUGGAUGAAAGACGUCGACAACUUGAAUUAGAAAUCAGAGACUGGGAAUCUAGCAGUGGUAUAAGUCUUGACGAACUGAGAAGGCGAUCAUUAGAGAGAGAAACUACUGAUGGAAAAGAGAAAAAAAUCAAGAAAAAAGGAUUAUUCUGA